CACAUGGAGAGGCAAAUUGAAUGGUGAUGUCGAGUCAUCGUCUCAGGAAAACCGGUCAAUGAAAUCUUCUCUGUGACCAGAACGAUUGCAAGCGGAUGAAAUGAUGGAAUCUAUUCGCUAUUGCAAAAGAUAGCAGGGUUACAAUGUGGGAAGAGCUGUGCUCUGUGCUUGCUGAAGUCGAGGAUGACUAACGUAGCCCGGAUCAUCAUCCUCACAAGACAUCCGUCGGAACUGAAAGAGAGCCAGAGAAGUCUCUACGUUUUAUUGCAACAUACAGCAGAGCAGUUGAGAUCUCGAGCCAAUGCAGGCGAGGUGGGGGGCUCGCGAAAGUCAUCAGCCCUGCGAACGACCUCAGGAUUGAGAGGAAUUUUCGACACCACCUUACGGGGCAAAUAUGGUCGUCAUCAAGGUUCCCUGCUCUUCGGCGAACAUCGGUCCAGGCUUCGAUGUCAUCGGCCUGGCUCUCUCCGGUCCGUCGAUUUGGCUCCCGACCACAACCUUAUUUCACAGACGGCACUCUAUGUCCUUCGUUGUCAUGAGUUGCGAGCAUUUCCAACGCCGACACACGUUCAUGUUGUCAAUCCCAUCCCGUUGGGACGAGGUCUAGGAUCGUCGGGUGCGGCAGUCGUGGCCGGAGUUGCGCUGGGAAGUGAGGCGGGAAAGCUAGGCUUAUCCAAGGACCGCAUCCUCGACUUCUGUCUCAUGAUUGAGCGACAUCCUGACAAUGUUGCUGCUGCGCUGUAUGGUGGGUUUGUCGGCAGCUAUCUCAAGGAGUUGAACCCGGAAGAUCUGAAGCGCAGAGAGAUCCCGCUCGCAGAAGUUCUUCCCGCCCCGCAAGGUGGUGUCGACACUGGGCUGAAGCCGCCGAUCCCUCCGAUGGACAUUGGCAAGCACAUCCGCUUUCCCUGGGCAAAGGAGAUCAAAUGCAUUGCUAUCAUCCCGAACUUUGAGGUGUCUACGGCAAUGGCAAGAACUGUAUUGCCAGAGUCGUACAGUCGAGCAGAUGUCAUAUACAAUCUGCAGCGAGUAGCGCUCUUGACCUCUGCCUUAGGACAGAGCCCUCCAAAUGCUGACAUGAUCUACGACGGGAUGCAGGACAAAGUGCAUCAACCUUAUCGUAAGGGUCUAAUUCCAGGCCUGACAGAAAUUCUCCACUCCGUCACUCCCAAAUCACAUCCCGGCCUGCUCGGUAUCUGUCUUUCAGGAGCUGGACCCACGAUCCUUGCGCUCGCAACUGACAACUUCGACAAAAUUGCACAAUACUUAAUCGGUCGCCUAGUGGAAGAAUACAAGGCAAUCAAAGGCGAGGACAUCACCUGUCAAUGGAAAUUACUCGAGCCUGCCAACGAUGGUCUUACCAUCACCCAAGAUGCGCCGAAGGGGGUAAAAGCUACCGAAGGAAUGACCUACGCAGAUGCUGGAGUUUCGAUCGACGCCGGUAACGAUUUUGUUCAAAGCAUCAAGGCUGCGGUGGCCUCGACUCGCAGACCUGGCGCGGAUGCCGAGAUUGGCGGUUUCGGCGGUGCAUUGGAUCUAGCAGCGGCUGGAUACAAUGAGGCCCCGAUCCUCAUUCAGGCCAUCGAUGGUGUCGGUACCAAGUUAAAGAUCGCUUUCGCUAUGAACGACUUUUCCACUGUUGGCAUCGAUCUUGUCGCAAUGAAUGUCAACGACCUUGUUGUACAAGGCGCUGAGCCGCUCACAUUCAUGGACUAUUACGCCUGCUCAAAACUUAACGUGCCAGAUGCUGCUUCCUUCGUCGAAAGUGUGGCAAAGGGAUGCAAAGAAUCCGGCUGUGCGCUCGUUGGUGGCGAGACCGCCGAGAUGCCUGGCAUGUACCAAGGAAAUGAAUUCGAUGCCGGCGGUGCGGCUACCGGAGCCAUCAGGCGGGGACAGAAGGUGCUCCCGGACAAAGAGUCAAUGAAUGAAGGCGAUAUUCUUCUGGGACUGUCCAGCAAUGGCGUUCAUUCCAACGGCUUUUCAUUGGUGCGCAAGAUCAUCGAGAAGCGCGGUCUUGCCUUCACGGAUGCUGCGCCAUGGGAUAGCUCGAGCACCGUCGGACACAGCCUGUUGACGCCAACGCGAAUAUACGUUAAGCCACUGCUCGCUGCUGUAAAGAAGGAUCUCCUGCUAGGCAUGGCACACAUCACGGGCGGCGGCCUCGAGGACAAUAUUCCCCGAAUGCUACCCAAACACCUGGCCGCGGAGGUCGAUGCGUCAGCGUGGCCAGUACCUGACGUGCUCCUAUGGCUUAAGCAGGCGGGCAAUGUCAGCAGUCGCGAGUUCGCGCGGACGUGGAAUACGGGACUGGGAAUGGUCAUCGUCGUCAAGGCCUCAUUGGCGCAGGAGGCGACUGCAGCAUUGCAGGAUGCGGGCGAGCGGGUUCACACGAUAGGAAAGCUGAUUGCGAGAAAGGACGAGGGUGUUGUUUUGAGCAAUACUCAAGGAUGGGAACAAUGAGCUCUGGAUUUUGGCGACAUGGAUCUGGCAUUGCGGCUUUCAGAUGUUAUUAUUGCGUUUCAAAGUCUUGAAGAACCAUGCUAUUGUGCAAGCUAGAACAUAUUUUGUGCAUUCUUCGCCCAUUUGUGCAUAUGAGAUGCAGACUAUGAGACGAUGUUCCAGCCUAGGUACCUAGGUACCCAUGAAACACAACUCUCACACACCUGCGCAAGCGCGCGUUCUCGCAGAAUGUGUUCACCCCGGUAGAUCCUCGGCUGACUGUUAGCGCAUCACUUCCGCUCUGUGAUAUCAACCCUCGAAAUUUCAGACGCCUCACUUCUCUCUUCUCUUCUCUCUCUCACGCGCCUUACUAGACAGUGCCUGACAGUGUUUC